AUGGCCGGCAGUACAGCUCUGGGCCCUGGGUCGUCAUUCCCUUCCAUGGACCUCUCCUUGGGCUGCAUGUACAUCGGUGUCAUGCUCAACGUCUGGCUCUACGGUUUCUCCAUCGUUCAAGCCUACAUCUACUAUGUCAACUUCAAGAACGACAAGCCUCUCAUGAGGUACUUUGUGCUCUUCCUCGUCAUCGCCGACUCGAUCAACGCCGUCUUUGACCAGGUCUUCAUGUACCAGUACCUCGUCUCCAAUUUUGGCAACCUCGUCUACGCCACCAAGAGUAAUCGCGCCUUUGCUGCCGAUCCCGUCAUGACCGGUAUCAUCGCCUUCUCCACCCAGCUCUUCUUCGCUUGGCGUGUGUACAAGCUGAUGCACUCCAAGAUCAUGCCCGCUCUCAUUGCCACCGGUGCCGCCGUCUCGCUCCUCAGCGCUAUCGGCACCACUGUCGGUGUCGAGAUCGUCCUCUUCUUCCAGGAAUUCCAAAAGUUCCAGGUGGUCGUCAUCUUGUGGCUCGGCUUUGCUGCGCUCACCGACGUCCUCAUCACGGGCUCGCUCGUCUGGACACUCAACAAGUCGCGAACCGGUUUUGCCGGCACCGACGACGUCAUUACCAAGUUGAUUCGAAUGACGCUCCAGACCGGUGCGCUCACCACCGUGUUCGCCAUUGUCGAUCUCGUCCUCUUCCUGACUUCCACCACAACGCUCCACUUGGUCUUCAACCUGCCGCUCGCCAAGCUCUACGUCAACUCGCUGCUUUCCACGCUCAACGCACGUGUCACCAUCGGUCAGGGUGCUCAGCAGUACACCAUGGAGGGCUCAAACAGCGACAAUGCUCGCCGUGGCAUUUCGACCACCCGAACCAAGCGCUCCGGUGCUUUCCGUCCCGGUGGAAACAACCAGCCCAACGUCAUCCGCACUCAGGUCUCGAUGCACGACGAUGUCGAGAAUGGUCUCGGCGACUACAACAGUCAGGACAACUUUGAAACCGGCAUCCACAUCAAGACUAUCGAAGAGACCUUUGAGGAGCGACAUGAGCGCGACGGCAUGCGUGGCUACCCAAGCUCGCAAGAGAGCUCGCUCCCCGUUCUGGAGAAGAGCAGCCGUAGCGACAAGGACUCGCUCUGA